AUGGCCAAUAAAACCAAGGCCAGCGAGGCCCUGAAGGUGGUGGCCCGGUGCCGCCCCCUCAGCCGGAAGGAGGAGGCUGCUGGCCAUGAGCAGAUCCUGACCAUGGACGUGAAACUGGGCCAGGUGACCCUGCGGAACCCCCGUGCCGCCCUGGGGGAGCUGCCCAAGACCUUCACCUUUGAUGCGGUGUAUGAUGCCAGCUCCAAGCAGGCAGACUUGUAUGAUGAAACCGUGAGGCCCCUGGUAGACUCGGUGCUUCAGGGGUUCAACGGCACGGUGUUUGCUUAUGGCCAGACGGGCACCGGCAAGACCUACACCAUGCAAGGGACCUGGGUGGAGCCCGAGCUGCGUGGGGUCAUCCCUAACGCCUUUGAGCACAUCUUCACCCACAUCUCUCGCUCCCAGAACCAGCAGUACCUGGUCCGGGCCUCCUACCUGGAGAUCUACCAGGAGGAGAUCCGGGACCUGCUCUCCAAGGAGCCCGGCAAGAGGCUGGAGCUGAAGGAAAACCCAGAGACAGGCGUCUACAUCAAGGACCUCUCCUCCUUUGUCACCAAGAACGUCAAGGAGAUCGAGCACGUGAUGAACCUGGGGAACCAGACCCGGGCGGUGGGCAGCACGCACAUGAACGAAGUCAGCUCCCGCUCCCACGCCAUCUUCGUCAUCACGGUGGAGUGCAGUGAGCGUGGCUCCGAUGGCCAGGACCACAUCCGUGUGGGCAAGCUCAACCUGGUGGACCUGGCUGGCAGCGAGAGGCAGAACAAGGCGGGCCCCAACUCAGCUGGAGGGGCCGCCACACAGUCCACAGGUAGCGGCAGUGGUGGAGGGGGCGGUGGGAGUGGGGAGAGGCCGAAGGAGGCCUCCAAAAUCAACCUCUCGCUGUCUGCCCUGGGCAACGUGAUCGCCGCUCUGGCGGGCAACAGGAGCACCCACAUCCCCUACCGGGAUUCCAAGCUGACCCGGCUGCUCCAGGACUCUCUCGGGGGGAAUGCCAAGACCAUCAUGGUGGCCACGCUGGGGCCGGCUUCUCACAGCUACGAUGAGAGCCUCUCUACCCUGCGCUUCGCCAACCGGGCCAAAAACAUCAAGAACAGGCCACGGGUGAACGAGGACCCUAAGGACACGCUGCUGAGGGAGUUCCAGGAGGAGAUCGCCCGCCUGAAGGCCCAGCUGGAGAAGAAAGGGAUGCUGGGGAAGCGGCUCCGGAGGAAGGGCAGUCGUAGGAAGAAGGCCGUGUCGGCCCCUGCCGGCUACCCUGAGGGGCCGGUGAUCGAGGCCUGGGUGGCCGAAGAGGAGGAUGACAACAACAACAACCAUCGCCCGCCCCAGCCCAUCCUGGACUCGGCCUUGGACAAGAACAUGGAGAAUUACCUGCAGGAGCAGAAGGAACGGCUGGAGGAAGAGAAGGCGGCCAUCCAGGAUGACCGAAGCCUGGUCAGCGAGGAGAAGCAGAAGCUGCUGGAGGAGAAGGAGAAGAUGCUGGAAGAACUGCGGCGGGAGCAGCAGGCCACGGAGCUGCUUGCAGCCAAGUACAAGGCCAUGGAGAGCAAGCUGCUCAUCGGGGGCAGGAACAUCAUGGAUCACACAAACGAGCAGCAAAAGAUGUUGGAACUGAAGAGGCAGGAGAUUGCCGAGCAGAAACGCCGUGAGCGGGAGAUGCAACAGGAGAUGAUGCUCCGCGACGAGGAGACCAUGGAGCUCCGGGGCACCUACACAUCCCUGCAACAGGAGGUGGAGGUCAAAACCAAGAAACUCAAGAAGCUCUACGCCAAGCUGCAGGCGGUGAAGGCGGAGAUCCAGGACCAGCAUGACGAGUACAUCCGUGUGCGGCAGGACCUGGAGGAGGCGCAGAACGAGCAGACCCGGGAGCUCAAGCUCAAGUACCUAAUUAUUGAGAACUUCAUCCCCCCUGAGGAGAAGAACAAGAUCAUGAACCGGCUUUUCCUGGACUGCGAGGAGGAGCAGUGGAAGUUCCAGCCACUCGUGCCAGCCGGAGUCAACAACAGCCAAAUGAAGAAGCGGCCAACGUCUGCAGUGGGCUACAAGAGGCCUAUCAGCCAGUAUGCUCGGGUUGCCAUGGCAAUGGGGUCCCACCCCAGGUACAGGGCUGAAAACAUCAUGUUCCUGGAGUUGGACGUGUCCCCUCCAACUGUCUUUGAGAUAGAAUUCUCUCAUGACCAAGACCAAGAUCCCCGUGCACUACACAUGGAGAGGCUCAUGCGGUUGGACAGCUUUCUGGAAAGACCCUCCACAUCGAAAGUUCGAAAAUCCAGAUCCUGGUGCCAGAGUCCUCAGCGGCCUCCACCCUCCGCCGCACAUGCCUCACUGGCCUCCGCUGCUCUGCGCCCUGCGACAGUGCCAGACCAUGAGUGA